GUACGUCAUAUCACUUGUGUAGUCAGUGAGUUAAAUGAAAUUUUAUUGUGUUAAAUAGAAGCCGUAUUGUAUUGAUGUCUUUAUAGGUCAUUGAAGAGUAAAAUAUAUUAUGUACUUAUCCCCUCUCCUCUCCAAACUCCAAACAUCCUGCUGACCUCGCCAAUCUUCAUUUAUUUAUCAUUUGGUGAUCCAUUAGUUUAACAAUAGACGAAGUAUUUAAUUCUUUUGAAGAAAAAAUUGCAACACUUCUUUGUGAUGGCUUCACCCAUUGUAAAUCCGGAAAUUCCCUAUGUUGGCGAUAUACCAGGAGGCUUAGCUCCUGGGAAAAUGAUUCGUAUCCAAGGUGUAACCCACCCCGAAAGCGAUAGAUUUAAUAUAAACUUACAAGCUGGACCUUCUGCUAAACCAAGGGAUGAUACUGCAUUGCAUAUUUCUGUAAGAUUAAAUCAAGGCUACAUAGCUAGGAAUAAUUAUAAAGAUGGAUCUUGGGGUGAUGAACAAGGCAGUGGGUCUUUACCUAUAGGGUUGGCUCAGUCCUUUGAAAUACUCAUACUAGUUGAUCUAAAUCAUUUCAAGAUAGCAAUAAAUGGUCAACAUCACUCAGAAUUCCCUCACAGAAUGUCUGUGGAAGAAGUUACUCAUUUGCUUAUAGAUGGUGACGUGUCUAUUACCCUUAUAUCAUAUGAGGGUAUUGUCAUAGGUGGGGAAUCAGCCUCUCAAGCUUCACAGUUGAAUGCUGUUGGCCCACAAGAAAGUGGACAACAAUAUGGUCCUCCACAAGGUGGAUAUGGUCCCCCACCAACUAGUUAUGCACCACCACCUGGUUAUGGAGGUCCUCAAGGUUAUGGACCUCCUCCUCCAGUAGAACAAUCUGGAUUUAGUAGCUUUUUAAGUCAAGCUCAAGAAGCUUUGGCCGGAGCUAUUGCAACUGGAGCUGCAGAAAAGUUGCUUGGAUCGAUUCUACCAUCUUCAGGUGGGCAGCAACAACAACCCCAGGGCUAUGCUCCUCAAAAUGCAAGGUAUGGAAUAUAUCCAGAAUUGCCAAAAGAGGACGCUACAGAUAUUAUCAACAGUUCUGGUGGUGUAAUCACAACAAAUCUGAAAAAUCCAGGGCUUCCAGCAGAUAAACAUCUUACACAAAACCAAGAACCACCUGAACACAGACCAGAUUUAAUUGAAAAUUUGUUGAAGAUGUUAGCGCAUGGAAAAGGUCAAUCAUUAAAUCAUCAACCAAACAUGGAUCAACAGAAUAAAUCACCUACAAAUUAUCAACCUCCCGAAAAUAUGUUUCCUCAAAAUGAAACAAGUGGUUCAGACAUGCUUACUAGCCUGAUUUCAGGACUAAUAUCUCCAAACACCAAUCAGCAGAAUAUACAAUCUCACAGUCAAUAUCCAAAAAAUUCUCCGAUUGAAGGAAACACUGUACCUCAGGACCCUCAAAAUUCAGAUCUGAUAACCAAUCUACUCUCUAGUUUAUUACCUAAUAGCAGUAACACACAGAAAUUACAAGUUCAAACUCAACCCCUGGUAACUUCCCAGGAGACCACACUUCCACAAAAUAAAAACACUGGCACUGAUUUGCUAGCAACUCUAUUAUCAAGUUUAGUACAACCGAAUAAUGAAACUGGUUUAGGACAAGUUAACCAAACAUGUCAAAAUCAACCUCCAAAUCAACCAAACCAACAGCAGCCAACUGCAGAGCUGAUAACAAAUUUAUUAUCAAAUCUUCUAAAAAGUGGAAGUUUGCAACCUACACAAGGACAAUCUCAAAUACCACCACAAAUUCCACUUCAACAGGCGGGAAUGAACCACGGACAAAAUCAGCCUCCUCUUCCCAGUGAACAAACAACUAACCAAUCUGAAAAACCUAACAGUGUACCUGACCUGCUCCACCCAAAUGUCCAACAAUAUGGUCAGUAUCCUCAUCCUCCACAGCAAGAGCAAAGGGGUCCAGUUGAAUCUCUUCUUUCUGGUUUAUUGUCUAGUGGCGGCCAGCAACCUCAAACGCAACAACCUCAAGGUAGCGAUGCACUGGGUAGUAUAUUCUCAUCGUUGGCAGGCUCACUCUUCCAAGGUUCAAGAGAUUCCAGUCGACCAAAUUAUUAGAGGUCGUUUCAUAAUUUUACUGAUUGAAAUAUAUAAAAACGCUUUUAUCGCUUGUAGGCUACAUUUAUUAGGACCUAGACCUGGUUAUGGUAUUUAGUUUUUUAAAUUUAUUUAUUGUUGUGUCGGUGUUUAUAUACAUAGAUGUUGAAAUUAACUUAUUUACAUAAAAUUUUUAUUUUUUUAUAGUUACUGACUUUUUACUUCUUUUAUUAUAAAUCUCUAUAAAAAAAAAUUGUAAGGUAAGCGCUAGUGCCUAGUGUUAUAAAGCUUUAAUAUUUGCAUUGUUAUUUCCUGUUGUUGAAUUUGGUGCUUUUGUAACUUAAAUUUUGAAUCAUAGAGAUAUAGAAGUGCCUCGAUCUAAGCGAGUAGACUGCACAAAAAGCGAAUAUAGAUUAUAAGUUUUGAAAUAGCUUUUAACUGUUUUUCUAAUUUACGUCGAAACACGUUCUUGAUUGUAAAGAUUAUUUCCAGUUAUAAUUUUUUUUUUUUGAAAGAUUAAAUGUGAUUUUUGCGACCUGGGAUGUUUUUUUU